AUGGCCUUCCUGAUGAAACAUUUCUUUCCGCGUGAUAGCUCCUUUGGCUACGAAGCCCUGAGGGCAGCCGCCUACAGCAACUACGGAGGCGCCGACGUGGCAGAGGUCAUCGCCAUAUGCUCUCUCAUCUCUCCCGGCGACGAAGAGAGCUGGAUGCGCGAAUGGAGAGUGGCAGCCGACCGCGCCGUUCGCGGUGCCGAGGCGAGUCUGUCCGCGGGCAACAACAUGAGCGCGCAGGAGGCCUUCCUACGCGCCUCUAACUACUACCGGACGGCCGAGUUCUACCGACGACGGGAUCCGAAGAACGACGAGGUAGCCGAAGAGCUGACCCGGCUGUCCACCGAGAGUUUCAACUCAGCCAUGAAGCUGACAGCGCACAACUUUGACGAGAUCCGGAUACCAUACGAGAAGACGACACUGCCUGGCUUUUUCGUCAGUCCGCCUGGACCUCCCGUUCCGCGCCCCACCAUCAUCUUCAACGGCGGGUUCGACUCGGUCAAGGAGGAAGCAUGGUUCGCCAUCGCAGCGCCGGCUUUGGAGCGCGGGUUCAACGUCCUCGCGUUUGAUGGUCCAGGGCAAGGCGAAGCCUUGAGACGUCAGGGCUUGGUUUUCCUGCCGGAUUGGGAAUGCGUGUUGUCCCCCGUCGUGGACUACGCUCUCAGCCGGCCCGAGACGGCACCGGACAAGAUCGUCAUCUUCGGCUGGAGCAUGGGCGGCUACCUUGUUGCGCGAGCCGCUGCCGCUGAGCACCGCGCGGCCGCCAUCGUUCUCGACGACGGCGUUUUCGAUUUCGGAAGCGCCUUCCACCAAAAACUGCCGGACCCGGCCCGCUGGAUGCUCAACCGGCACUGGGACUUCCCGAUCGAGCUUGUGGCAAAAAUCAUGAUGAGCCUCUCGACAGGCUUGAGAUGGGGGAUCCUGAAUGCAAAAUGGACCCUGGGGGUGGACUCGGCUGCCGAGGUGUUCCGUGAGGUCACCAAGUACACCGUGAAGGGCCUGGUCGAGAACAUUACGACUCCGAUGCUGAUUUUGGAUGCCCCAGAUGACCAUUUUCUAAAGGGGCAACCACAGAUCCUGUUCGACAAGUUGAGGUGUGAAAAAACCCUGGCCCAAAUUACAAGGGUCGAGGGUGGAAGCACGCACUGCCACCAGGGAACCUCGUCAAGGCUGCACCAGGUCAUAUUUGACUAUCUUAUGCCAAGGAUGUUUAAAGCUUAG